UCUGUUUACUUAGAUUUAGUUUAGGCAAUUUCUAAUUAAAAAUUACCACACUUUAAUUCUGAAAAAAUAUGAGUAAGUUUUUUAAGAUAAUUAUUGUUGGUGAUCCUGGUGUUGGUAAAUCGUGCUUAGCUGCAAACAUAUUAGAUCGGCAAAUAUCUAGUAUUUAUAUACCAACCAAAGAGCCAAUACAGCUAAUCACAGAGCUAAAGAAAUAUAAUCAAGUUCUAGAUAUAGAAAUAUGGGAUAUGCCUGGCGAUGAUCAGUAUAUUACUUUAUCGUCAUCACACUAUAAGGGGGCUCAUGGAGCAAUCAUUGUUUACAGUGUCACAAAUGAAGAAAGUUUAUGCAAUGUAAACCAUUGGAUGGAAAAUGUAAAUGAUGUACUUUCAGAAGCACCUAAUUUAACAAAAGUUGUUGUUGGGUUGAAAGCGGAUAGUAAAUUUGCUACUGUUAGCUCACAAACAGGCGAAAGUAAAGCUUCAUCAUUUGAUUGUAAACAUUUUCAGUGCACCAAUAAUGAUAAAAAAACAGUUAAAAGGAUGUUCGAAGAGUUGCUCGAUCAAAUUCUAGAAAUGAACGGUUUGUUACCAAACAUAAAUCAGGAAGAAAUACCAAAAUCUUGCAAAUGCUGUUAAAAAUGACUGUAGAAAAUAUUAAUAGUGUUAACGUUCGUUUUUCAGUUGGAUUUCAUGUUAUGUUUGUUUUGAUAUAACAGUUUUUACUCAUUUUAAAAAGUUUUUAUUGUUAAUAUUUUAAUUUUUAUAUAAAAAUUUUUGAAUUAAAUGUAUAUAAUAAAAAAUU